AUGUCCUUUUCUAAAGACUGUGAAGAACUAUUUGGACACACUGACUUGUACAAAAUCUUCGGGGUAGAAAAAACUGAUCCUGUGGACAAAAGUAAGAGAACUCAAUUAGAUAACUAAAAUUUUUAUAGUUAAAAAAGCGUACCGCAAAUUGGCAUUGGUAUGGCAUCCAGAUCGAUUCAAUGAGAACACUGAGCAUUACUUUAUGAUUGGUAAGUUUGUAUUAUAAUAGAAAGUUUUACAUUUCAGAUGUUUUUAUAAAUUGUAUGUUUUAACCAAAAAAACAAAAAGCUUUAUUUCCAGUUUUUAUAAAAUUCUAUAUUUUAGAAAGGGAGGCAGAAGAAUGUAGCUUUUCUGGCGAUUAUAAAGAUUUGGCCAAGAGAAAGUUCCAAGUGAUUGGCAGAGCUUAUCAAGUCCUCAGCGAUGACGAGAAAAGAAAGCAGUACGAUGAAACUGGUAAGUUUAAUAUUUUUUUGGUUUGUUAUGUUUAAAUUUAGGCAUGAUGGAUGAUGGUGGAAGUGGAGAUGUGGAUUGGACACAGUAUUUCAGACGCAUGUUCCCCAAAGUCACUAAAGAUCAGAUUAAUGAACACUUGAAAAGCUACUUUGGUACGUUUCUUAAGCCAAAGGAUAAAAAAUUGUUUGUAAGAGUGUUAUUUAAUGUAAUGUUGAAUUAGGUACAGAUGUGGUUGUUUGCUUGUACUGUUUUAAUCGAUUUUUUUAGGCUCUGACGAAGAAAUCGAAGAUAUUAUUGCGGCCUAUUUGAAGUGCGAAGGGAACAUUGACAUGAUGUAUGAAUAUAUCAUUGGAAUGGACUUUUCAACCGAAUUUCGUAUUAAAGAUAUUAUUUACCACCUGAUUGCCGCCCAAGAGGUCCCUGAGUUUGAUGAUUUUAUCAAUGACACUCCUGCUGCUCGAGAAAAGCGAAGAAAGAAGUAUGAAAAGGAAACUGCUGAGUUCGAAAGAAUGAUGGAGAAGAAGAAAACGGGUAAAGGUAAUCAAUUUUGAAGUUAUUAUUGUAAGAUGUAUAACAUCAUAGUGUAUUUGUCAUAACAUUAACUUAAAAUUAACGUACGUUUUUGUAGGAAAGCCCAAGUCUGAAGAUGAUCUCAUCGCUGCCAUCAGAAACAAUUGCAAGAAAAGGGAGUCAGCAAUGGAUGCCAUGAUCAACAAGUACUCGAGCUCGAAGAAAGCCAAGAAAUAA